UUUUUUGUCUAUGCUAAUGAAAUAAAAAAAAUUAGAAAUUGGCUUAAGGAACGGACGAUUUUUCGUGUUGUAGAAUAUUCUGUGCUUAAAAAGAGGUUAUUGAAUCACAGCAUUUACAGUGACGAUAAAAUAUGUUCGAUUAGUCUUUCUCAUUAUUAUUUUGUGUUGGUUCUUUAUUUAAUUGUAAAAUAUCCACGUUAUAUUAGAAGACUGCGAGCACAAAAUAUAAGAUGGCGACUGAGCAGACGAAGAACCGCAUGCAUGUAUUCAAGAACACAGGAAAAGAUGUCGACGAAAUGCGCAGACGUAGGAAUGAAGUCACAGUCGAACUUAGGAAGAACAAACGAGAAGAGACAUUACAAAAGCGUCGUAAUGUGCCGAUCAGUGACUCAACGGACGAGGAUGAAAUCGAAAGGACCUUGGCUUCGACUAAUUUGAAGGAGCUGGUGAUGAACGCCGCGAAUGUUGAAAAUCCCGAGGUUCAGUUAUCGGCCGUACAACAGUGUCGGAAGUUAUUGUCUUCGGAAAAGAACCCGCCUAUUGAUGAGCUUAUUGCUACCGGCAUUCUUCCUAUCCUAGUGGGCUGCCUGUCUAGGACCGACAAUCCUACUCUACAGUUCGAAGCGGCAUGGGCGCUUACGAAUAUAGCUUCAGGUACAUCUGUGCAAACAAAUAAAGUAGUUCAUGCGGGUGCAGCCCCUCUAUUUUUACAACUACUCAUGUCUCCACACGAAAAUGUUUGUGAGCAAGCUGUGUGGGCGCUCGGCAACAUUAUAGGUGACGGUCCAAUCCUGCGAGACUAUGUCAUAGAGUUGGGAGUUGUGAAGCCUUUAUUGAGCUUUAUCAAACCAGAUGUGUCAAUACAGUUUUUGAGAAAUGUCUCAUGGGUUAUUGUCAACCUGUGCAGAAGUAAGGAUCCUCCGCCACCAGUUAAGACUAUCCACGAAAUUGUGCCAGCCCUAAAUGUUCUGAUCAUGCACAAUGAUAUAAAUGUUCUCGUAGACACAGUCUGGGCCAUCAGCUAUUUAACAGAUGGUGGCAAUGAGCAGAUACAGAUGGUUAUCGAAGCUGGAAUCGUGCCUAAGUUGAUCCCACUGCUGUCUCACAAGGAGGUGAAAGUGCAGACGGCAGCACUCCGUGCGGUCGGGAACAUUGUCACGGGAACAGACGAACAAACUCAAGUGGUGCUCAACUGCGACGCUUUAUCACACUUCCCUGCCUUAUUGUCACAUCAGAAAGAAAAGAUCUGCAAAGAGGCAGUGUGGUUCCUAUCCAACAUCACAGCGGGCAACAAGCAGCAGGUGCAGGCGGUGAUCGACGCUGGGCUGCUACCCAAGAUCGUGGAGAACCUCAGCAAGGGGGAGUUCCAGACGCAGAAGGAGGCCGCCUGGGCUGUCUCCAACCUCAGCAUCAGCGGCACCAAGGAACAGGUGGCGACCCUCAUCUCUUGCGGAGUUAUACCGCCCUUCUGUAAUUUAUUAAGCUCUAAGGAUACGCAAGUUAUUAAUGUGGUGUUGGACGGCAUCAGCAACAUGCUGAAGAUGGCGGGCGAGAACGCGGAGCAAGUCGCCAACAUGAUCGAGGAGUGCGGCGGCAUCGACAAGAUCGAGGCGCUGCAGAGCCACGAGAAGGUGGAGAUCUACAAGAUGGCGUACGACAUCAUCGAGCAGUACUUCGCUGGAGAGGAGGAGGACGCGUCGCUGGCGCCGGCGGCGGCCGACAGCUUCCAGUUCGAGCCCGCGACUGCGCCCGCGCACGACGCCUUCCGCUUCUAGCGCCGCUUCGUGUGCUUAUUACGACGGUACUGAACUGAACUGUAUCUCACUCACCACUAAAAAGGGAAAAUAGAAUUGUUACAUAACUAACCUUCGCCUUAAGGCGAACGUUUGUCUUGUCAAAAUCGACAUUCGCCGUUAUAUUUAAUCGAUACGUGAUGUUUGAUUUGUUUAAAAUAUAUAAAUUAAAAAAAUAAACUGAUACCAUGUUUACCUUGAUUCGCAUUUAAAAGAUUGUUAUUCGGUUAAAUCUGUAAUAUGCAACGAAAAGUUAUCGAUCAUUAGUCAAGUCCAUGAUGAAGUUUGUUCCACGGACUGUGAAUCAUCUCUUUGUGAUUUUAAAUAAUCGCGAAAAAUAAUUAAUUCAAUUAUGUCAUCGAUUUUAAAAUUACGUGCGCUGCGGUCGCCGGACUCUAAGCAAAAAGGCCUUAGCACUGAAUAUUGCCCAAAGAAGGCUUAAGUAAUAAGGACUUCUAUCCGAGAAAUAUCGCUUCGGAAACGGUACGAAGCGACCCCUUCCUGGAUAGUUUAUAAAGCCCGUAAUCCAUCGAGCAGAUUCGAUGAACUUUUAGUAUAUAUAUUUUUUUGUUGUAAAUAAAAAACUUAAGCUAAGUUUUGUGCGGAAUGUUGAUGCCUUUAUACAAUUGGAUUAUAAGACAUUGUUAUAAAUAUAUUACAAAAUCAUAGCCUAUUAUGAUUAUGAUGAUUGUUCACUUACUGAAUAUUCAAAAGUAGUUUAAACCAUACUGUUCCACUACAUUGGUUAGACAGGGACACAAAGUAAAGGAUGUUUUUUGUUUAAAAUACUUUUAAAUAUUUGAACUUUGAUUCAAAGUUAGUGUUGCUGUGACAAGUUCCAAAUAAGAUCGAAAUAGUGUUGCCAAACGAUGGAUCACUAUCGAAUGACCAAUCAAUAGUUACGAGCACUAACGGUAGUGUCGAAGAAUAUCAAUUGCGAUCGAUAAUUAUCAAUGGAUCUAAGAUUAUCGAUGGUGUCGAUUGUUUACUCUUCGAUACCAUCGAUAGUAAAACUAUCGUAAUACAGCAACACUAGGUCGAGAUAUAUCUCUUUGCCUCCAUGGAUUACGGACCGAAAAUGAUUGAAUUUGAAGUCUAUAAAAGAACCGGUGCUACGGUUUCGUUGUGAUACAGCUAUUGUGAUGUUUCAAAAGUUUUUCAUCUUGUUUUUCGUAUUAAAACGGGACGCGAAAUAGUUAUAAGUGCCGCUGAUAAGCGACUAGUGUAAUCGGCUUAUGACCAUGCUUGGAUAUAACAUAGUAUUUAUGUUUCCAUUUUAACUCAGGAUUUACACAAGGGACUAUAGGGGCCACGUCGGAUGGCUAUGAAUUUUGUUAUGACAUGAUCCCAUUUGUAUGUAUAUGCCAAUAAAUUCUGUCCAAUAUAA